AUGGCGGCUGCAACAGCUACUGUGAAUACACCUCCUUCCUCUUCUCACGGAGCCCCAAUGGCAGAGAGGCCUCUCACAGCAGAGGAAGUCUUUGACAGCGUCGGCUCGGCCUAUGAAGACGCCUUUGCCGGUCUCCCCGAGCAGGCCUCUUCUCUUCAAUGGCUCAUACGUGAGCUCUCCAGGAGUGGCCGCACCCGUGCCAACAUCGUUGACGUCGGCUGCGGAACUGGCCGGCCGGCAUGCAGUACGCUCGCCGCUGCCGGUCACGAUGUCUUGGGCAUCGACAUAUCUGCUGCCAUGAUCGAAGCAGCACGCGAGCGCGUCCCAGAAGCUCGCUUUGAGCAGGUCGACGUGCGUGACUGGCUCGAUCGCACGUCGCCGCACUCACUCGACGCCGUUACGGUGUACUUCAGCCUUAUUGCUGAUGUCACUCAAGAUGAGAUUCGUUCAUUUAUCGCUGGCAUCUACCGUGUGCUUAAGCCUGGCGGCUUGUUUGUUUUCUCCACAGUUCCGGUGGAUGGAGAGAACAUGCAACUCAAGUGGAUGGGCAGGCCCGUGGUGGUCUCGAGCUUGCCACCCAAGACCGCCGUUCAGUGGAUACGCAGAGUUGGAUUCAAGGUUGAGCAUGAGAAGGUGACCAAGUUCUUGCCCAAGGCUGCGGAGGCAGGCAUUUGUAACGCUGAAGAUGUCUGGGAGGAACCACAUCUGUUUGUUUAUGCUAGGAAGCCAGGAAGCGCAUGA